AUGGGGAACAUGCAGAGAGACAACCAAUUCAAUAGCGUAAAAGGAGCAAUAAGUAUCUUAAAAGAAGGGGAAGAAGGAACACUUAUUACACCAUUACUUUCUUCUUCCCAACAUCCCUUUCUCUCUGCACAUAUACUAGAGAAACAAAAAUCCACAUUAGUCUCCAAAACUAUGAGAUUCUCAAUCUUAUCCUUUCUCUUAUUGUUGGUGGUACAAGAAGCAACUUGCUUCAAUCACCCCACACCAAUGUCUCAUUUCAGGAAUAAACUUAAGGAUAGAAUGGUCAUGGGUCUUUCCCAAGCACCCUCUCCAUCUCCAGAUACCAAAAGGGGAGGAAGAGUGGUGUAUCCAAGUGAGUAUGGUGCAGACCCUACAGGGGCAGAAGACAGCAGUGAUGGCAUUAUGAAAGCAGUAGGAGAAGCAUUUGGGAUGGAGAGUGGGCUUGAGUUGCUGCCAGGAGUUAGAGACCUUGGAGGUGUUAUUAUUGAUCUGCAAGGUGGCAACUACACAAUCAGCAAACCCAUCACAUUCCCUUCCUCUGGUGGUGGCAAUGUUGUGGUACAAGGAGGGAGCUUAAGAGCUUUGGAUAAGUUCCCUACUGAUAGGCAUCUUAUUGAGUUAUGGGCAACAAAUUCCCAAAAGCUUCCAAAAACAACAGAUUUCAACAGCAUUAAACUUCAACAAACAAUUGGAAUUUACUAUGAAGACAUAACCUUUAGAGACAUCCUAUUUGAUUCAAGCUACAAGGGUGGAGGAAUCUUCAUUAUUGGUUCUGCUAGAAUCAGAAUCAACAACUGUUUCUUCCUCCAUUUCACCACAGAAGGAAUUCUAGUACAAGGUGGGCAUGAGACCUUCAUAUCAAGCAGUUUCCUUGGGCAACACUCAACAGUUGGUGGAGACAAAGGGGAGAGGAACUUCUCUGGCACUGCCAUUGAUCUUGCAAGCAAUGAUAAUGCAAUCACAGAUAUUGCAAUUUUCUCUGCAGCCAUUGGUGUUGUUCUAAGGGGUCAGGCCAAUAUGGUCACAGGAGUGCAUUGUUAUAACAAGGCCACAGGUUUUGGUGGCAUAGGCAUUUUGGUGAAGCUAGCAGGAAAUUCACAAACUAGAAUUGACAAUUGUUACAUGGAUUAUACAAGUAUAGUCAUGGAAGAUCCGGUUCAAGUUCAUGUCAGUAAUGGGUUUUUCUUAGGAGAUGCUAAUGUUGUUUUGAAAUCAAUUAAAGGAAAAGUUUUUGGAUUGAAUAUAGUUGAUAAUAUGUUCAAUGGGAACCCCAAUAACAAAGUUCCAAUUGUUGCUCUAGAUGGGCAAUUUAGUAACAUUGAUCAAGUGGUGACUGAUAGGAACAAUGUUAUUGGUAUGAGUUUGAGAUCAACGAUUGGGAGGUUAACUGUGGCAGGAAAUGACACAAAGUGGGUGGCUGAUUUUUCAAAUGUUUUGCUAUUCCCUAAUCGGAUUAGUAAUUUCCAAUAUUCAUUUUACUCACAAGGGGAGGUUAAGUUCUUGGCACAUUCAGUGACCAAUGUAUCAAAUAAUGUUGUAGUUGUGGAAAGUGAGAAACCAGUUCAAGGGGUUGUUUCCUUCUUCGUUCAGCAGUGA